UAUAUUUAGGGAUAUUUCAGAAUAAUAAUAAAAUAAUUAAUGGCUGAUGACGAAGAUGAAGGAGAGGGGGGCUUAUAUGAGGAGGGGCACUGGAUCUGGGAUGAAAAUGCUAACCAAAUUGCUUUUGUCAGCGACCGGCCAGUAGUGGAAGACGAAGCUAUUGCGAUGCCGACCAAAAUGCCGACAGGAGCGAUUGAGUUCAGAGACGACGUGGACUUAAUAGAACAGUUAAGAUAUCGGAGACGUUAUCAACGGAAACUGAAACCUGAACAGCCUGACGUAAUUACUGUGCAAGAUUGCAAAGACAUUGCGCUGUACACGGCGCCCGUGUCUAUACUGAGCCCAGCCCUGAUCAACAUGCUGCAUAUACCGACUACUGAAAGAUUCAUGAAGGCGCUAAUUUUAUGCUGCCAAUAUUAUCUACAGGUGUCAGAUGAGAUGGGACAUCGCAUGAUGGAGCUGGAGACGCGCGUGCGCACGCCCUAUUGCGAUGUGGUGGAGCAAGAAUUCGGCACUAACCUUAACGACCUACGCGCGCUGGCAGCCAAGGAGUACUGCACUAUGCUUAUUGGCGGAGCGGACACCAAAAAGUACCACCACAUGGGCCCGGCGAAGAAGCGGCGGUCACUGUCAGACAAGGACGCUCGGCUUUUCGAGACUAUGCUACGGAUGUGUGUCCAGAUCGUUUGGCUGGCUUUAGGACGGAAGGCGUUCAAUCAGAUAGAACUGGAAGUGAAUCGACUAUUCAAAUCAGAAAUCUUCAACGCCGUAGAGCACACCCUAAAGACGAACUACGUGGAAAAGAUGACGAAAGAAGAAAGGAACGUCCUCCUGGGCCAGUGUCUGAGGACGGAAAAGAAACUGACCACGAAGUCACCUAUGAUGAACGAAGUGUUCUGCUACAGGGACAUUGACUAUCGUAUGAUGGGGAUCGGUGUUAUCAAAAUGAACCAAAUGCCGUUACGCCUCAAGUACAUAUACAACAUUGUGGCCGGGCCCGAAGAGAAGUACAGCACGCUAGGCGUCUCUCUCGGUAUUGUGGGGAUGCCUCGCACUAGCUUCGACACCAUGCUUAAACCCCUGCCUACGGCGGAAGAUGCCAAAUCUAAGAAAUCUUUAGGGUCUAUGAGUAGUGGCAGUGCAAAAAGUAACAGUAGUCUUAAGAAGAGUGGAAUGGGGUGCGGUCAGCGAAAAUUGUAUGCCGACAUUCACUUGCCAUUAAAAUCAGAGCACGAUGACGCGUUCCCCCCCUCGUUUCCGAGCGAACCCGAAGCGCCAACGCCGUGUAACGACGUGCAGCGCCGGCGUUGGCUCAAACGGCUGCAGAGGCUGCGCCGAGGGCAGAGGGCCUCCGCCGGGAAACGCAACUAGACACACUGUAGCACCAGAGACCGGGAUUUUCCCGGCAAAAUAAAAGAAUAUCGUCGACGAGACGAGAGGCUGCGACGAGGGCAGAGGGCCUCCGCUGGGAAACGAUCCUGAACUACGAGAACAACUGACAAUUUAGCACGCUUAGUAGCGCUACUAUAAUUCUAUUUCGGCUGCAACUGCUGAUGUGCAAGUCACGGACACUUUCCAAAAAAUUGAGAUGUUCUUGGAAAUUCCAUGAAAAUUUCAUGAAAUAUAGAAAAUUUAAAUGAAUGAAACAGAAAGAUUGAACCUUCAUACAAUAAUGAGGAGAGUUUCAGAAUUUUUACUAUCUCGAAAAUUUCGCAAUUUGGGUAAGUUUCCGUCGGUAUGUACAUCAACGUCAAUACACAGUUUCUCAAAGAUUUUAUUUUUGACUUGGCUAAUAUACAUGUAAGUAAUACUUCGUUUCAGUGGCAACAUAAUAUUUCCUAAUGUAUCAAUGUGAAUCUUCAUCUUUCGUUACAAUAUGAGCUUCCUCUCGCAAUGGCUCCUGGCCCCGUAGCCGAAUGGC